CUCUGUGGGGUGUUUGUGCCGGCAGUGUGCGAGCGCUUCCUCCUCGUGGCUGAGCAGCAGCAGCAGCAGCGUUGGCAGGGCCGCUGUCCGUGGACCGGUCAGCACAGAGCAGACAGUAAACAGCCUCUGCUUUGUGUUCCAGCAUCUGCCAACAAACCAUACAUCCAACACCUGUGUGCUGUCCUCAGGCCCAAACACCCCUCAGCUGACACUCGGCCCACAGCAGCAGCAGCGCCAUGCUGAGCCAGGAGUUCCUAGAGAAAAUGAAGCUCUUAGACGUGGAAGGUGUCUCCCAGUACAUCAGCAAUGUCUCCACCCCCCUGCUGGUCAGCAUGGGAGCAGUGGCCGCUGCAACCACCUACUACCUGGCUACGCGACCCAGAGCCCUCCCCGCAGUCUGCGACCUGCACAUGCAGUCGGUCGAGGUUCCGGGCGGUGAGUUUGUGCGUCGCUCGGUGCUUCAGGAAGGAGACGGUUACCUGACUCACAUCUAUGAAGAUGCCAGAACUCUGUACGAGUGCUUCGUUAGAGGUGCAAGAGUCUCCGAUAACGGUCCCUGUUUGGGCUUCAGGAAACCAAAGCAGGUGUACGAGUGGAUGUCUUACAACGAGGUAAUGAAGCGAGCAGAAAAUCUGGGUUCUGCGUUUCUUCAUAAAGGACACUCAAAAACUACCGACCCCUACAUUGGUAUUUUCUCUCAGAACAGACCGGAGUGGACCAUCAGUGAGCUGGCUUGUUACACCUAUUCUCUGGUGUCCAUCCCUCUCUAUGACACCCUGGGAACAGAGGCCAUUUCCUACAUCAUAGACAGAGCUUCCAUCUCAACCAUAGUGUGCGAUGUCACUGAGAAGGCAAGCCAGGUGCUGGACUGCAUUAAAGAGGGGAAGCACUCAGUGAAGACCAUAGUGUUGAUGGAGACGCCCAGUGCCAGCCUGGUGGAACGGGGCCAGCAGGCUGGAGUCCACAUCCUGAGCCUGCAGGACAUGGAGGCUAUCGGACAGGCCAACUAUGAGCAGCCAGUUCCCCCUCAGCCCGAUGACCUGGCAGUCAUCUGCUUCACCAGCGGAACCACAGGGGACCCCAAAGGAGCGAUGUUAACACACGAGAACAUUGUGUCCAACUGCUCCUCCUUCAUCAAACUGACUGAGUGCUGGUGUCCCCUGGAUCCCAGCGAUGUCCACAUUUCCUACCUUCCCUUGGCUCAUAUGUUUGAACGGGUAGUCCAGGGGGUCAUGUUGGUGCACGGAGCCAGAAUUGGCUUUUUCCAGGGGAAUAUCCGUCAGCUGUCAGAUGAUCUGAUCACACUGAGACCGACGGUGUUCCCAGUCGUCCCCAGACUUGUCAACAGGAUGUAUGAUAAGAUCUUUGGGCAGGCCAACUCCUCGGUGAAGCGCUGGCUGCUGGAGCUGGCCUACAGUAGGAAGAAUGCAGAGAUCACAAGAGGCAUCGUGAGAACAGACAGCAUCUGGGAUCGACUGAUCUUCAACAAGGUCCAGGCCAGCCUCGGAGGCCGCGUGCGUCUCAUGGUUGUAGGAGCAGCGCCCGUGUCUCCUACGGUCUUCUCCUUCCUCAGAGCUGCUGUAGGCUGUCAGUUCUAUGAAGGCUAUGGGCAGACGGAGUGCACGGCUGGAUGUACCAUGACCCUCCCUGGAGACUCUAGCGCAGGUCACGUCGGCGCUCCUCUGCCCUGUAACUCCAUCAAACUGGUGGAUGUCCCGGAGAUGAACUACCUGGCUGUAAACGGGGAAGGAGAGGUGUGUGUGAAGGGUCCAAACGUUUUCCGGGGCUAUCUGAAUGACCCAGAAAAGACCAAAGAGACCAUAGAUGCCGACGGAUGGCUGCACACUGGAGACAUCGGGAAGUGGCUCCCUAACGGCACGCUGAAGAUCGUCGACAGGAAGAAGCACAUCUUUAAGCUGGCCCAGGGGGAGUACAUUGCUCCUGAGAAGAUUGAGAACCUGUACAUCAGGAGUGAGGCAGUGGUCCAGGUCUUUGUGCAUGGAGACAGUCUGCAGGCUUGUCUGGUAGCGGUGGUGGUACCUGACCCUGACUUCCUGUGUGGCUGGACGAAGAAGACGCUGGGGCUGCAGGGGAGCUACGAGGAGCUGUGUGGCAAAGCGGAGGUCAAGGCGGCCAUUUUGGAGGACAUGCUGCGGCUUGGCAAAGAGGGAGGGCUCAAGUCCUUUGAACAGGUGAAGGCUAUCCACGUCCAUACAGAGAUGUUCUCCAUCGAGAACGGCCUACUCACCCCUACAUUGAAAGCCAAGAGGAACGAAAUGCGCCAGUACUUCAGAUCCCAGAUAGAUGAGCUGUACGCUGGGAUCAGUAUGUAGAAGGACCCAAGAGCUGCUUUUACAUGAAGAAACAAGGUGGUGGCAAACAGGUGUGGACAUGCACUGAGGAGGCUGUAACAUCAUCAAUCUGUAAGACAGGAAACUGGCAGAGCAGCAAGCCAACAUCUGGCUUGUGAAGUUUUUAAAGCAUUUCCUAAAACGGGAUCUGUGGAACACUAAACCUCCGAGGAGUCUUUAUGCUUGAAGUGUGUUUUCUUUGAUCAAACCUCUCACUGCAAUACAAAUCCAUGCAUUUUUUUAUUUUAUUUUUAAAGAUGAUUCCAAUCAGGUCCUAAGUGGGAAUUUUAAAGCGAGACUGUCUUUCCUGCUCCAUCAGGAAUCAGGGUGGGAACAUCCACGUACUAACUGAUUAAAAGUCAUAUUUAUUAGUCUGAUUAAAAGUCUUAUUUCUCACCCUUUGUAAACUAACCAUCUUAUCCAUGUUGAUGUUGACGUUGUUAUCACAUUCCAUUGGAUUUAAACUGUGUUCACUGUGAAUGCCUGAAUAAGCUUGGUACCUCAUCAAUGCAGCCUGAGCUAGCUGUGCUCUGAGAACUCGGAUCCCUCAAGGAAUAACAGGAAAGCUUUGUCUGUUUUAAUUUAUUUAUAAUAACAAGAAGGACCUUUCCUAAAUGAAUGUUUUUUAUAUAUAAUGAAGUUAAUCAAUGGGUUAUCAUUUUGUAAAAGAUUAAAUACGUUCUAAAAGAU